AUGGCGGGCAGCGCCCUGAAUAGUUGCAUCUGCAGCGGUGUUAAGGUGGAGACCCGGAAGGAUGACAGCGGACAGCUUGGGGCGUGGAUUACACAAGCAGACAACGCUUCAGUCGCAGGGGACGGGGCAGCAGCUUGUUGCGCCGCGGAAGGGAAGGCUCAAGGAUCAUUGGGUGACAGGAAGCCUACUUUCCCUCCACUUGGCAGGAGACUGAACCUUGGGACCGGAAUAGCGAAGGAGCAAAAGAAUUCCGAUUUGAUGGACGGCCGGUUUAGGGAGUUGGAAGUUGAGCGACCCGGUGCCGAUAGAUAA